AUGCAACAAGGGACCCUCAACCCCGCCGUACUCAAAUCUUCACCUCUUAGGCAACUGUAUGAGGUCCUUUCCGUCUUUGAACGAAACCGCGACUGGUCAAUCGUCGCCCGCCGACAACUCAUCGACCAAGUCUCGGCACGGCUCCCGCAACUACACCAACCAGACGUCUUUCUCUUGCACUCGCUCCUCGAGGAAAUCGGCAUCGACCCUGCGAGCACAGAGGGCCUAGGCAGGUCGUCGUCGACGGUCAGCACCAUUGGCGGAGGGAGCAACGCCACGCUCGAUGCACUUGAUAGCGUACCGUCGAUAAGCCAGUUUUCACGGAGUAGCUCCCUCCCGCGCUUGCAGACACAGACACAGUCGCCCCAGGGACUCUUCGCUCAGCCGCCACCCCCAACGGCCCUCCAAGCGACCGACGACAGCGGUUCGCCCGUGUUGACUCCACAAGUCGCUGGGGAGAUGACACCGCAAGAGAUGAGCGCCUUUGUCAUGUUAAAGAUGUUUGGCGACCUGUCCGAGCAACGGAUAGAGAGCUGGGGACGAAUUGCCAAGCAGCUAAUUGUCACCCAGCCCAUGGACGGGUUCGUCGCAAAAGAAGAAGAGCUGUUAUAA